UCCUCCCAUCUUCUUCGCAUCUGUUUGGAGUUCUAAGCUUCUGACGUUGGGCGUAAGCAGCAGGAGGGAUAAAUCAGGAUGCAAAGAUCCUUUUGUCUGCUGUGGAAAAGGCAGCUCGGGGACGAGUUACAGGAACAGCGUUCAGCUCCCUGAGUUACUAACUCGUGCGAGCCGGAAAACACAACUCCAGCCAUCCAGGGACCACCAAGAUGAGUGAAACCACUUCUCUGGGUCCUCCAGCGCCAAGCCAGGGUCCUAUUACCCCACGCAAAGGUCCCCCCAAGUUCAAGCAGAGACAGACCCGACAGUUCAAGAGCAAGCCUCCCAAGAAAGGUGUGAAAGGGUUUGGAGAUGACAUCCCAGGCAUGGAAGGGCUAGGAACAGAUAUCACGGUGAUCUGUCCCUGGGAAGCAUUCAGCCACCUGGAACUGCACGAGCUUGCUCAGUUUGGAAUUAUAUGAGGGGUCCAGAGCUUGGCUGCUCUCAAGAGCGU